CAGUUUCGAAAGCAAGCAAAAAGCAAUGAGGGAACCUACACCUUUGGAGAGACUACGAGAAGUCUUUGAUGCGAGAGCAUUUGCUGAAGACGAAGAUGAAGAUCCCGACAAGAACUUCCUUAUACCAUGGCUGAAGAAACUCGAGGUUUUGGAAGCCGAGAAGAUGUCCAAGACGACUUCGAGGAUUGUGUAUCGCUUUCCCGUACUCAGGGAGUACCUUAAUCCCACCCGGACGUUCCAUGGAGGAGCGAUCGCUUCGAUGAUGGAUGUUUGCACGACCUGGUGCUUAUUCCUGAUAUGCGAUUAUGGAUUUUGGAGCACAAUGGGCAUCACAAGGUCGAUGCAUUGCGUGUACCUCAAGCCGGCCAUGGAGGAUGACAUGCUCUUGUGCGAGUGCCGGAUUGUGCAUGCCGGCAAGAGGUUGUGUCUGCUUACUGGGAGUAUGACUCGAGAAAAGGACGGCGCGGUGGUUGCGACUUGUGAGCACAACAAGUAUAAUAUCGACGCCGAUUCGUCACAUAUGUGAUCGGAGAAGUUGCGCUGGAUGGGCGAUGCUGGAUAGAUAGACAGGCCUUCUUUCAAGUGUCGUAAAAGCGUCUAAAAGUCGGUGACUCUACCAUUGUAGCUCCAAUCUCCCUUCCAUCUCAGAGGAUCGUUCUUCGGACCUCCCACCUCGCCAGUGUUGGGAUUGAUAUCGCCCUCGAACUCAGGCGGCGCACCUCGUCGUACAUUCGGAUGCAGCUCUUCGCCAUCGCCCUUGGCGGCUAGUCGUGCUCGGUCUCGUAGCUGUUCAAGCAUCUUGUCGGCUUCGGAUGAUCUGGGAGCAGCAGCCAUGCCAUCAGCGCCGGACUCUUCCUUGAGCUCUCGUGGCGUGCUAAAAGCCCCAGUAGACUGCUGCUGUAGUUUCUCAAAGAUCUCUUGUUCUUCCUUGGGCAAUCGUGGCGGCGAAGGUCCUGUACUCCAUGCUGAUCUUGCGGGUAUGGAGGUUGCGAAUGAUCGCCGCAGGACGCCAGGACGGAUCAUGCGUGAGGCUCUGGAUACGGACUGCAUGCUUUCGAUCAGUGAUAGAGGGAUCCAGAGGGAC